AUGACAAUUUGUUGUACUGAACGGCACAGUGCUGUACUACUACGGGCAUUGGAUUCUUACAAUAUGACUCAGCUCGACUCCGAUUUAAGCACACCCCAAGGAGCAUAUAUGUUCGGUUAUCAUGGAAUAGAAACCAUACGCGACGCGUUACUGCACGGUACCGUAACUAUGUACGCACUGCCACCUUUGUGCCCAAGUCAGCUGGCCGUAAAUCGUAAUCAGACGCCGGUGAAUCGUGAAUGGUGA